AUGAAUUUUCUCUUCUUUUUGGGAUUAAAUUUAAUUAAAUUUAAAUUUAAAAAUUUUUUUUUGUGUUCCUCUGGAAUUUGGCCAAUCGCGAUAAGCUUUUUUGGUAGCCAAUCGCGCGUUUUUUUUCCUUUUUUCUAUUUUCACGUCUAUGGUGUUCAGCGUCUAGCCUCACGGGCGAUCAUCCACCCACUACAUCCGACUUUGUGGUCUUCCAUGUUUUUCUUCUUCCACGAUAUGAAACACCCUCCCCCUUCAUAUGUCAACGGAGAGAAACAGAGGAACGUCAUCGAAAAACAAAAUGGAUCAUCUAUAAUGCCAACAUCAUCGCCUAGGAAAAAAUCAACCGGAGAAAAUCACUACGAAAACGACGAAUGCGGUUUCCGUUACGAUUAUUCGAACGGUGAUUGGUUCCGGGGUCAAAAUGUCCCGGAAGCACCCGCACGAGAUCCUUCAAGUCUUAUAUCCAUCAAAUACGGACCGGGUCACGAAAAAUAUCCAUCUUGGCCUGGAACGAUCAGAGCGGGUACUGGUGAAAGACCUCAAAGAUCUCAUUCUUGGACGGAACAAACCAAUUACCCAAAAGAAAAGGUGACAGCGUACGCGAGACCCUACAGCAAAAGAAUAAAUCCGGCUUUCACACAACAGUUGAAAACAGUUUUGGAAAGGUGCGAAAAAAUCACGCCGGAAUCAUAUACGAAAACAAUGGAACAAAUAGACGAAAGAGAAAAACGGAUGUACUUGCCGAGAUUGGACAGAGAAGGGAAUUCUAUAGGGGAUCAAAAUUAUAUGGUACCAUCACCGCCGGAAAGGGAUAAACCUUCUCUUACUCAAGCAGACAUCGAUAAAUAUUAUCAGGAAAAUCACAUGACGAAAGUCGAUAAUGGUGAUUAUUCAACGCCUUAUGAAGAUAUACGAAAACCUCCGCCUUUGACACAAGCCGAUUUGGAAGAAUAUGCGAGGUCGUAUGAUGACGUACUCAAACCUUUACAUCAACAUCAGGGAAGCUACGCUCAAUCUGAAGAUAGAUUGAGAAGAGAUAGCGACACGGGAAUAAGAAAUCAAAAUUGGAGCGAAGAUGAUAACAGAGCCGGAAGAGAUUCCGUUGUUACGACGAGUUCCGGUAGCGCAAGUUCCAGCGAAACUCUCAAAUGGCAUGGAUCUAUGUCGGAUGUCAGCGUUGCCAGUAGUACUUGCAGAUCGAGACAAUUGAUUGCGCAUAGUUCGAGAGUUCCACCACCUCAAAGGCAUCAUUCGGAAAGUGUUUUGUAUUUGGGAAAUCAAUCCGGAAUGAUCUCGCCGACGUCGGUUCCAAAAAUGACAGUCGCAGAACGCAUAAGCGAACUUGAAAGGCAACAGCAACAACAACAACAACAAUCACAAAAAUAUGCUUACUACGAUCCUGACAAACGUCACAAAGUAUCCGAUCCGACGUUGAAAGCCAUACAGAAAAAAGCUCUUUUAAGCUUUUACGAAAGACAUCAGAAUUCAAAUAUCGGAGGAGGGACCGGCGUUGUUAUGAAUGCGAAGUUGCAAGAAAAUUGGAAGAACGAACAACAAAAACUAAAUUUGUUACAAUGUCAAACUGGAGGCAGUCAAGAAAUUUUACAAAAAAAUAUCGGUCCUCCUCCUCCUCCGCCGCCGCGUCCGAUAUCAAAUCGUCGAGCUUCUUGCGCUUCCGACACGAGCAUCGGGUCGUGGAGUAAAAUAAAUCAUUCUUAUUCGUGCAGUUUGGUGGGUCCCGCAAUUAUCGGUCCUAGCAUAUCCAUAGACGAUUGGGUUCCAGAGCUUCCGCCGAAAAAACCUCAUUUAAGAACGAUUCCGCCACCACUUCCUCAUCGAAGCCCUAGUCCGAAUCAAGUUCCUCACGUUAAGUCGGAUGUCGAGGCAUUGCAUUAUCAAAAACCCAUGACGAAUUUCGAUAGGAUGCCAACUCCCGAUUUGCCACCGCCUCCUCCUCCGCCUCCGAUGCCGGAAGAUGAUAUUUUACUUCCUUUCGACGAACCACUUCCUCCGCCUCCGCCAGAAGUCGAAUGGCAUUUGGCAACUGCCGUUCCUAGAAGAUCUACUCCGAUGUCUAGCGGACGCACGAGUCCUCAAUCUCCGACUCAAUUUUCACCGAUAAAAGACUGUUCGGAUAUGGAUUCAUCCGGUAUCCGAAUCGUAUCGCAAAACGAUAACCCAAUGAGACCCAAUUUAAUGUCGGACGCAUACGAAAUACAAUACGAUCAAAACGCACUGAACGCCAUAAUGGAAUCAAACAGAUUAGCAGAGCUUCAAAAGAAAAAACAUUCGUCGAAAGACAAACACGGAAAUAAAAAAGAUUCGUCGGAUGAAAAAACACCGACGUUAAAAGCCAACAUAGAAAAUCGACCGCCAUUACCACUGCCCCACGAUGUUCACGUUAACAACGACCGGAAACAAGACGCGUCAGAACGUAAUAAUCCGUGGCAAAACAAAACAAUAGAAAAACAAAAUCAAUUGGAUGUUAAAGUUCCGUUUGCCAGAAGUUUUUCCAAACCGGAAAACUCUAACAUAGUCAGAGCUAGCGUGAAAGGUACGAGAAACGAUUCGAAUUCGCGAAGUAGUUUGAGGUACCCGUCGAAAAAAUCAAACGUGAAUGGUAAAGUUAAAGAAAGACUAAGUCCGGACAUGUCCGCGAUUCCGGUAAAAACAAUAACGAAAACAAAUUACGAACCGAAAUCGUGUUUGCCGGUAAAAAAAGUGUCGGAAUACGAAUGCAGGAUACCCAAUCGGGAUCGAGACGGUUUGAAAGUUUUCGACGGAACGUUUGAUGAUACGAAAAAGGAAAACAUGGACAAACACGGACUCCAGCAGACGUCUAAGGGGUAA